CUCCUCAUGGCGUGAUUGACAGCGUGUGGCGCAUUGUCCAUGCAUCUCGCUCUCAUGCAGCCCUCUCCCGUCUUUCUCGCUUUCUUUCUCACAGCAGCCCAUACCAUCUCGCCGCCGCCAGGGAGGCAGGCGUCAUCGCUUGAGCAGCCCAGCAGCAACCACAGCAGCAGCAGCAGCAGCAGCAGCAGGAGCAGCCUGUUUCGGUCGUUUGUGGUGCGGAAGGCUGACGAUGUGCACGUGGCGAGCUCUGGCUGGGGAUGGGACGUGAGUGUGCGGAUGGACGGAGAGGGCAUGAGCGAAGAUUUGUACCUGGUCGUCAAGGACAAGACGCAUCGGCGGCAUGGCGCCGAUGCAUGUGAUGCGCCGGCCACCCAGGACGCUGUGUGGGGUGAGCAAAGGACACGGGAAUGGCACCAUACCUUAUCACGUGUGGAUGUCUGUCUGUGUGUCUGUCUGCGUGUGUGUGUGUGUGUGUGCAGGUCAGACCCCUUCUCGCGUGUCGGAGGACCGUCGCUCGGCCUCGUUCCAUCUGCACAAGCAGUCCAACAGCGAGUUCGGCCAAUCCUUCAUUCUCUGUCUGUACCAGUCCGUCAAGGCCGACGGUGGCGGCAUCAUGCUGUCCGAGAGCGUCCGCAUCCCCUCUCUCAGCCUGCCCGAGCCACGGCUGACCACACCAGUGGCGAUGAACGUGUCCUCUGUGGCCUUCCGGCUGCCCCUUGUGGCACAUGGGCUCACCGAGUACACUAUAUUGUCGCUCAAGCCUUUUGAAAUAGGUCAAAACACGCCCACAGACGUUGCUCUCUGUCUGGUCACAUGACUCUCCGCCUGUGUGACGAUGCAGGCUGCGGUAGCGAUUACCACUCCUACAGCCUGGCGUGGCGGUCGGGCCACCCGGCCUCACUCAGACCCACCCACCUCCCACAUGCAGCAGCGGCCUUCAUGAGCACCAUCAUGCGCGGCCUCUGGGGGGCCGGCGGCAGGGGGGGCGAUUCGAGCGUCGACGCGGCGGCGGACGGCGGGAUGAGGAAGUACGUGUUUGAUUUCGACGCUAAGGGCAGAGAGGCCGACGCCAAGAACAAGCAGUUUGCCAUAUGCCUCUUCCGUGAGCCCACCCGACCUUCACGCGAUGGAUGCAAUGCACCCGCAUGUGCGCUUCACGCUGCUCUGCAGGUCAUUCAUUCGACCAUGAGCCCCUCUCUGUCGGCACCAUAUUGGUCAAGCCGACCCGCUCCGGCCGUUCCAUGAUGCUGGCGCUGUUUUGGGUGGCCAUGGUGCUGUCUGUGGCCCUCCUGCUGGGCGGAGUGGGCUUCCUCUCAGCAGUGGGGGGCAAAGAGCCCACCGCACGACCGAGCAGACGACGCGCCAGACAUCAGGUGGGUGCCUGAUGACGGACAUACUUGGGGGUCACGUGUGAUGUGCUGUGCCAUGUGCGUACGUGUUGCAGUCCCGACGUAGUGAGAAUGCCGGGGUGGGCGACUCGCCAACACAGCCCAAGAAGUAAGAAAAGGCGCGACGGAGAGGGGAGGGAGAGAGAGAGAAGCACAGCCACCUCAUGACCCUGUCACCUUGUUCCAUCUGCCCAGGUCCAAGCUCUGCCACCGUCGCCACGGCCACACGACCAGCUCCCGAUCGCACUCCAACCAGUCGCAGGGCAUCCAGAAGGAGUGGAUCCAGGUCGACUCCUCCAGCCUCUACGACUCCCUCCCCUCACCCACCACCGUCAACCGGUCCACCAGCGGCGGCCUCCCUGGCCUCGCACCCUCGUCGUCGGCAGAGUUCCGCAGCUGCCAGUCGUCACCCCUCAACAGGGGAGGGGACAGUGACGGCCCCACCCCCACAGCUAUAUUGGCGCAGAACCUGCAGGCCACUGAGGCGGCAGAGAGGGGGAGAGGCGGCAAUGGCAGCAGCAGCAACAGCAACAGUACGCCGUUUCGUCUCGGCUCGCUGCUCUUCGGCAGCCACCAGCAGCAGCAGCAGCAGCAGGGUAGGAAGGGCAAGGACGUCAAGCGUCCGAUAUCGACCGCCAUGGCCCCAGCCAGCAGCACCAACACCCGCACCCGGACGAGCACCAUCAUCAACAACGACCGAUUCGCCGCCCCGCACAUGCGUUUCGCCGCCAACAACAGCCUCAACAUCAGCACGGGCGGCCUGAGUGUGCGGUCGGGUGAUGGGGGUGAGGGUGACGAGGGCGACUGGUCCACAGUGGGCGACGACAGCAGUCUGGGCGGCCGCAGCCCACUGCCGCCGAUGGACGAUGCUGCGUCGGGGAGCUCCAGCAGAUGGGGCGCACCAGCCAGGGGGGCGGGGGCAGUGAGGGAAACACGCCUGUGAUGAUAUUAUUCCAUCCAUACAUGCACACAUUGAGAGAGGGAGGGAGGGAGAGAGGGAGGGAGGGAGGGUUCAUCUUCUGGGUGGGUUCGCUUCAUACAUCUUGCUGGCUGGUUUACAGUGUGUCCACACACACAUAUAUAUGUAUGUAUGUAUGCGUAUACGUACCGCCAAUAUGUAUACACGUGCACGCGGCCCUCGUGUACACACGUUGGUGUCUGUCUGCCAAAUGUGGUUGGUGUUUGAUUGGAUUGGUUCAUCCACGAGGGCGACUGCCUAGCCACAUCCAUCCAUCCAUCCAUCGAAUCGACCAGCUCAGCGAGGCCCUGUCCAUCCAGGCCACCUGCAAAUGAAGCAUGUACAGGGACGAUACACGUACGACAGAGGGAGGGAGGGAGGGAGAGAGGGGGAGAGGGAGGCCUGCUUAGACGUGUGUGUAUGCCAUGUCUGUAUGUCUGCAGCAUGGAUGUGGCCAUGGAUGUGUGUGUGUGUGUGUAUAAGUACAACAUUCAUCCUUGCAGACAGACAGACAGACAGACAGACGUUCGUGUGUGGGUGCUGCUGCUGCGUGUGACAACUUGCUUUCCUGUCUGCCUUCCUGUGUCGAUAGCAGCUGCUCAUCUACGCCUGUCCGUCCGUCUGGCCCUCCUCGCGAUGCGUGUGUUUUGAAGUCUCGAUGCAUGUGUAUGUGUCUGUCGCGUGCUGCUGCUUUAGUGCGUGUGUGUGCUGUUCGUUUCUGCCUGACACGUGCGGGCUGCCCGACAAUUUUGCUGUGCGUGUUGUCUGGCUGCUUGCCUUCGUGUUUGAUUGGCUGCUUGGGCGGCUGUGUACAUCUAUCUGAUUAGUCUUUUCUGCCCGUCACGUCGCUGCCUAGUCGUCCUCAUUGUGUUGUGUGGGUGGGUGUUGUAUGUAUCGGCGGCAGAGUGCCGUUGAUGACUAGAUGUGCAUAUGCUGGCGCGCCGAAUGCGGCGCGGACGUCCGGGUGUACGGAACAGCUUGGUGCGAU